AAUGUCAGAUAGUGAUGAAAAUGAAUAAUAAAGAAAGAUUGUACUUCCUUAAAUAAUUAUGAAUGUCUGUGAUACUUAGUAUUAAGUUGUUCGUUAUGUUGGAUAAGAAAUACUUAAAUGGAAAUUAAUUGCAGAACCAGAAUCAUGGGAUUGGGAUGUAUAUUGGACUGAUUCUGGUGUUCAUGCAGAAAUGUUGAGUAAAAUGAAAUGUACAAUUAAAAUUAAAAUUCUCUUAGAACAUUAAAAAGUUAAUCAUUUUCCAGGAAUGUACAUAUUAGCUAGAAAAAAUAAUCUAGGUAAAUAAUUAACUAAAAUGCGUCGAAGGUUUCCAAAGGAAUUUAAAUUCUUUCCUUUUACUUGGAUGUUACCUUCAGAUGCUUAAGAUUUAAAAGAAUAUAUGAAAGGAAAAGGUAGAGAUGAAAUUUUAAUUGUGAAACCUGAAGCAUCUUGUUAAGGUAGAGGUAAAAAUACAUAUUUUAAAGUUAAGGUAUUUUUUUAACUAAAUCUCUUGAUUUUAUCAGUCCAACAGAGAGAUAUGUAGUUUAAAAAUAUUUGGGUGAUCCCUUUUUAAUUGACGGUUUAAAAUUUGAUUUUAGAAUAUAUGUACUUGUUGCUGGAUGUGAUCCAUUAAGAAUAUUCAUAUACACUGAAGGAUUGGCAAGAUUUGCAACUGAAAAAUAUAUUACUCCACAUCCAACUAAUUUUGAUGAUCUUUGUAUGCAUUUGACAAAUUAUGCUAUUAAUAAAAAUAAUGAAAACUUUGUAUUUAAUGAAGAUGUUUAAAGAAUGGAUAUUGGACAUAAGAGAAGUAUGUCAAGUGUAUUUGAAAAAUUAAAAUAGGAAGGUAGAGAUAUAGAUUAAUUAUGGAUGGAUAUCAAAUAAAUCAUAAUUAAAACUCUUUGUUCUGCUUAACCAUUUCUUAAACAUCAAUAUACUACUAGUCAACCUAAUAAUUUAAUGAAUAAUAUGUGUUUUGAAAUCUUAGGAUUUGAUAUAAUUCUAGAUAAUUCUUUCACGUAACUAAAUUAUUUUCUAUUUUUAGACCAAUCUUAUUAGAAAUUAAUCAUAGUCCUUCAUUUACUACUGAUUCUCCAUUAGAUUAAUACAUCAAAGCAAAUUUGAUUGAAGAUGCAUUAGUGUUGAUGAAUGUAAAUAGGGAAGAGAAGUAUAGAUUAAUGUAUGCUUAAAUUACUUAUUAAGAUAGGAGAAACACCAAGAAAUGCAAAAACGUAUUUUAACAGGAAGAAAUAUUAGAAUGACAUAAGAGGAUAGAAAGGCUAUUAUUGAAUAAUAUUAAAUGAUUAGAGAUGCUUAUGAAGAUGAACAUCUUGGAGGAUUUGAAAAGAUUUAUCCAUGUGAUGAAGAGUAUGAAACAGAUUAUUAUACUUAAUUUUUGACAUAUGCUAGUGAUAUUUUUGAAGAAUCAACAGGUUAUUUGUUGAAUAUCUAUAUAGGUACAAAAAAAGUUUAAUUGCCUCCUAAUAGAAAAAUUACAGGAAGUCCAUAAAAAUCAAUAAAACAUGAUGCUGCUAAAAUUUAUGCUUAACCUUUAAGAGUAGUUGUUUAAUCAUAAUAACUUUAAUCAAGAAAAACUAAAUAACAUACUUUAUUAUACAAAUCUAUGAUAUAAUAAUAGAUCUAAUAAGAAUAACGAAAAAUAUAGAUAAUUAUGAAAUAAAGGGAGUAAGUUCAAUAAAAAUAAAAAUAUAUUUAAUGA